AAGAAAGAAAGAAAGAAAGAAAGAAAAGAGAGACAUUUCCAUCCCCACAAGAUCACUGAGCAGUGAGAGGGUGUGGAACAACAUUUAAUCCUGAUCAACCAUCGCAAUGGUGAGAUUAAAUGUUUUAACCAUCAGUGUUGCUACACUUAUAGCAAUUCAAAGUUUUGCUUUAAUCAUCAUCUAUAACAAACAGAAGGUGGUGCUCACACAAACCGAAGCGAGGGAAAACAAAGUUCAUAUCCUCAUCCUUUCAUCCUGGAGGUCAGGUUCCUCCUUUGUGGGACAGGUAUUCAGUCAACAUCCUGAUGUCUUCUACCUAAUGGAACCUGCCUGGCACGUGUGGGUGAACAUGUACCAAAACAGUGCUAAGAUUUUGCAGAUGGCUGUUCGGGACCUCGUGCGAUCCACAUUCCUGUGCGAUAUGUCGGUAUUUAAUGUCUACAUGCCUGAACACAAAUUAAUAUCAAACUUGUUCCAGUGGGAUGUUAGCAGAGCUCUGUGCUCACCACCUGCAUGCGACCAUUACCAAAGAACAGAUCUUACCAACUAUUUGACAUGCAAGAAACAUUGCAACUCGUCCAGUUUCUUUAAAGUGGAAGAAUCAUGCAAAACCUACAGCCAUGUAGUGCUCAAAGAAGUCCGAUUCUUUGACCUAUCAGCUCUGUAUCCUCUGCUUACUGACCCCUCCCUGAACCUUAAAAUCAUCCACCUUGUCAGGGAUCCUCGGGCUGUCAUUAAAUCUCGUGAUAAGUCGGUGGCUGCGUUAUUGAGAGACAAUGCAAUUAUUUUGGAUACUAAAGGCAAGGCAAUAGAUAGUAAAAAUGCUGAAUUGUCAAACUAUCAAGCCAUGAUGGAAAUUUGCAGGAGCCACAUACAGAUCCACGAAUCAGCAACGAAGAAAGCUCCAGACUUUCUGAAGAAACGUUACAUGAUGAUACGGUAUGAAGACCUUGUGAAAGAUCCGCUCAGUGAGAUUUCUGAAUUGUAUAAAUUUGCUGAAUUGAACUUGACAGCAAAGCUUCGGUCCUGGAUAUAUAACAUCACCCAUGGAGAAGGCACUGGAUCAGCGUUCAAAAUAACACCUAGAAAUGCUAAAAAUCUAUCUCAGGCGUGGAGGACUGUGAUGCCAUUUGCAAACGUCUUAAAAGUACAAGAUGUGUGCAGAGGGGCCAUGAAUGUGCUUGGCUACCGAUUAGUUGAAUCGGAACAUGAACAAAAAUUUCUAGCCUUGGACCUUGUCUUACCCAGGAAAAAAUACAAGUUCAAUUGGUUGAAUUCUGAUGAUCAGACUUCAGAUUAAAAUGAGGCCAUGAUUUGGACAAUUCAAGGUUAAAGAUUUGAUUUAAUUUUAUUGUCAACUACUGUUUCUUGAAAAACUUUUGUGAAUUGCCUUCAAAGGUUCAGAGAUAUUCAGAAUUCCUUGGUUAGACACAUCACAAGCUUGGCUUUUCUCCCAAAUAUUGCAUCCACACAUUAUCUUUGUGUCGAUGUAUCAGAUAGUUUGUAAUCGUUGAAGAUGAUUCACCUUCCAAGGUACCAUUCGUCUUGUAUCCUGCCAUUCUCACCCGCACAAAACUCCGCUCCCCGAU